AUGGAGACGUAUUACGGUCACGUCCGCACGCCGGCGGACGCUAUUAUCUUGUUUGAGGCAUGCCGCAUCGGUCUGCUGCCUCGUGUGCAACGACGACUGUCAGAAAAAGAGCGCCAGUCGAUUCGGUCAGGCUCCGUGUUCGUCUGGGAUGAGCGCGAAGCGGGCAUGCGCCGGUGGACGGACGGAAAGUCCUGGAGCGCCAGUCGUGUGUCUGGCAGCUUCCUCACCUAUAGAGAGAUGGAGGGCAAGCGUGGUGGUGGCAGCGUUUCUCAGAACUCGGGAUCCAGAGGCGGCAAGACUCCCGAAAGUCGGGGCAGCGAUGAGGACCGAGGAGAUGGCACCGAUGAGGGCCCCGAUGGCUAUCGGUAUAAGCCCGACGGGUUAAUGAAGCAGUCCUUCAGCAUCACCACUUCCACCGGCCAGCAUCUUCACCUGAUCAGCUACUACUCUCGCUCUCACCCAUCCGCCUCCAACCUGCAACAACCCACCACAGAUCCCGCGCUGCGCCAUGUUCGACCCCAGAAGGGCCUGUACCCGGAAUCCACGGUCAACGACCAACAAAACCUCCCCGUCGUCACUCGCGGUCCCAUGCCCGGCGCAGCAUACGCCAUCACUCCGCAUCCUAUCGGCGGAUUCACACGAGGCACACCGGCUCCACCGUACACGCCAUCGUACGCUUGGCCACCUACUCCUCUCGGCACCCCGCCGACUGUCGCCGUGCCCUACGGCGGGGCCUAUCUCCCGCCGGUGUCCAAUGGAUCUGCUUACGCUCAACCACAGCAAGCCCACGCUCAUGCCUUGCCACCUCCACCUCCGCCGAACCUGCCUGCAUUUGACCGACCGUCACAUCCCGAAACAACGCUUGUUCCCGCCGGUGCAGCAUCCAAGAAGCCCCCGGCCUACGCACAUCAACAUCAAUCCCAUUUAGGCGCAUCACCACGAACGCCGGGCGCUGGUAUUGCUCACAUCAAUGGUCCUGCGCGCAGCCCUCGCCUGUUGAAGCAGGGAUCUCCCGCUUCAUUACAGCCUCUGAACCCCAUCGGCACGCCUCCUAAGCUCCCAGAAUCAUCAAAUUCCGGCACAGUCCCCAGCAUCGGCGCUUUGAUGAACGGUGCUUCACUGGCUCCGUUGUCUUCAGGGACUGCCGCUCCCGGUGGUCCUGGCUCUAGUCCAAAUGCCAACGGCGGCAGCAGUGCCGAAGGACCUCGGGAUAUCCCCAACGAGAAGCUUGGAUUCGGCGGCGAGGACAUGAGAGCCCUCCGCCAGCUCGACCGGGUCUUUAUCUAA